AUGCACAAUCCCAGUAGCUAUUUUUGUGAUCUUAAGCUAAAAAUUGUAUUGCAACAAAAGUGUAGCCGCCAAAUGGUGUUUAUAGGGGAAAAACCUAUAACAAGUUUGCAAAAUUCGACUUGGUUGUAUACCCCAUUUGGCAGGUAUUUUUGGGUUGAAACUAACAUCUCAGCUCAUACCCCAAAUGGCUCCCAAGGUGAACUUCUCAAGAUUUAA